AUGUUCAAUCCGUAUCAGACACAGGGUCAAGGCUUUUCCCAAGGCCAGGGAAAUGCUUUCAGCCAGCAGUCCACAGGGUUUUAUCCGGGGAAUGGGCAACAGCAGCAGCAGCCCCAGCAGCCUCAGCAGCCCCAUCCUCAACUGAACCAACGUCCAACGACAGAGUUUGGCACUAUGCAGCAAAAUGUUCCUUCUUCCUUCGGAUUUCAGCAACAGCAGCAGCCCCAACAGCAACAACAGCAACAACAACAGCAACAACCACCAUUGCCCAACUUCUCAAAUGCAGGGAAUCAAUUUUCGAAUUCCUCAGGAUUUGGGGGCAAUCAACAAUCUUACGGCUAUCCAGCGAGCAGCAACGGCAUCCAACCACAGCAAACGGGGUAUUCUCAAGCGCUCCAACCACAACAGACUGGCCAGUUCUCCCAACAAGUCCCUCAGACUUCCUUCUUUAACCAGGCUCAAAACCAGUUCCAGCCUCAAGCUACCCAGUUACAGCAGCAGCAGCAGCAGUCUCAAACUGGUAACUUUUUCGAACAGCCCCUCUCAAACCACCAGUAUCAGCAACCACCUUUCCCAAAUCAAACACUUCAGUCUCAAAACACAGGCUACUAUCCUCCUCAACAGGCACAGCAGCAGCUUCAGCCACAGAGUACCGGCUUCCCUAACCAAUCUCAGGGAAUGGCUGGAUCUCAGCCAUUACAAUUGCAGCAGACCAAUCAGUACUCUCAACAAUCCCAGCCAGCACAAUCCCAUCCAACUGGCUUUUACCCACAGCAGGGACAAAAUCUACAACAAUCUCAGCAAUCCCAGCAGAGCGGAUUCCAAUCAUCGCAACAGCAGCCUCUCCAGCCUCAACAGACUGGCUUUUACGCACAACAACCACAGCAGACUGGCUUUCAUUUCGGAGAGCCUGUACAACCGUUGAAGCCGACUGCCACAGGUUUUGUCAACUCAUUUGCUAAUAAUGGUAUUAAUGACAGUCUCAAAAUUCCUUUGAUGCGACUAUCAUUUAUGACAGCUGCCGAUCAGGCGAAAUUUGAGACUCUGUUCAGAUCUUCAGUGCCUCAAGGCUCAAAUACAAUUUCUGGUGGAGCUUGCAGAGGCAUUUUGAUGCGCUCCGGUGUAUCUCCCUCGCAAUUGGCCAAAAUAUGGACUCUUUGUGACACAAGUAAAGCCGGUGAGCUUUUGUUUCCUGAGUUUGCUCUAGCCAUGCAUUUGGUAAAUGAGGUGAUUCAAGGCGAUAGUGUUCCCUUCGAUUUGAAUACGAAGGUUAGAAACGAAGUAGCCAGCUUUGUGGAUGCUAUCAACGUUAGCAUUGCUGGCGGUAGUGAGAGCAACGUUUCCCAGCCGCCUAGAACUCCAUUUGACGAUCUUACUUUUGGCGUUCAAAACCUUCAGCCACAACCAACUGGGGCCAUGCCUCAAAUAAGCUUUGGGACACAGUUGCAGCCUCAAAACACGCAGGGACCAUUGAAUCCCCAAUUGACUGGGUACCUACCUCCCACUUCUUUCAACCAGAUGCAGCCUCAGCAAACAGGCGGUCAGCUACAACCUCAAUUAACUAACCAAUUUCAGCAACCGGCAGUUAACGGACCUUUGCAAUCUCAGCUGACUGGUGGCUUUUUACAAUCACAAGCAACUGGAAUGAUGCCUCCAACUUCAUUCAACCAACCUCUCCAAUCUCAGUUGACGGGAGCUGCAAACUUGCAACCCCAAAACACGGGGUCAUUCGCUGGACUGUCUUCCGUUUUGACUGGCCAGCCCACUGGUCAACAAGGUGGCCAAUUUCUGCCAAGCGCACCUUUUUCGAACUCUUCUUUCCUCCAGUCUCAAACCACAGGAUAUUUGCCUCCCUCGAACUUCAAUCCCACGGCCCCUCUCAGUGCCCAAAAGACGGGAUAUGGACAUAACGAACUCUACAGCCAGACCAAUAUGGCCAACAAAUUCAUGCAAGCUGAUACUGACUCGCUAACACGCGAAGAGAUGUCAUUGUUUUAUAAGAUGUUCGACACCUACGAUACUUCAAAUAAGGGAAUCUUGGGUUCAGACAUCGCUGUUGAGAUUUUCAGGAAGUCUGGUCUGAAUCGAAGUGACUUGGAGCAGAUUUGGAAUCUUUGUGAUACAAACAAUAGCGGGCAAUUGAAUAAGCAAGAGUUUGCCUUGGGGAUGCAUUUAGUAUACAAGAAACUGAAAGGAGGCGAGUUGCCCAAUCGACUCCCACCUAGCUUGAUCCCCUCAAGUACAAGGAUUCUGAAUUCAGUCAUCAGUCAAAUGAAGAACGAUACCAAUUCGACCAAAAAGGAACCUACGAAGAUAGACGGGUUCUCUUUCAAGCACGACGACGAUGAGCUUUUACCAAGCUCAAGGAACCGCCGUAAAACUCAGCCAACCCAAAUCAAUUCACCGCAAGCAAAUAGCGCUUCGACCUUUCAGGCCACUCCAAGGGAACCUCUUGAUACCUCUCGGUCUUCGCAAGUUGCAGAUAAGAACGAUGAGUUGGCUAUCGAAGAUUUGAGUAGGAAGAUUCUCGCUCUGCCAUUGCCCAACUCAACUUCGGAUUAUGAUGCGAAAGGCUUACCACAGGGUACAAAAGAAAAAUUUGAUUUACUCACGAACAAAGUGCCACGGCUUCUUGAAGAAAUUUCAGAGGUCAAUAAUCAAAUUACGAUGGCCAAGAUCGAUCUAUACAGGCAGAGGAAUCCUUCUUCUUUGGUUGGCACAGGGCAAAAUGGUGAAGUUACAGAUGAUGACAGGAGAAAAGCCAGGAGUAAAGCUCUGCUGGCCUCGAGGAUGGCUGCUUUAACUGGAAAGCCGUCCACUGGUACUGACGUUGAUCAACAGGAGCAGAGAUAUAACGAGGAAGUUGCUAACAUUCAAUCCCAGAAUAGAACCAAUAAGUCAAUUAUAGAAGACAUUCAAGCAUCGAUCUUCGAAAUCGCAGCAGCUGUAAAUUAUGCGAUCGAAGGAAAAGCGCCAGUCAGUGGUCGGGAAUACGAAAAAUGGGAGCUAGGAGUUGGUGUCGAUCCUCGAGUGCGCUUUUUACUCUCAAAAUUAAACUCUAAGGUGUCCCCACAAACUAUUGGCUACCGCGGGGCCAAGAAUACGGGGAGUGGCUCCUCUUCGCCAGCUCCAGCAGCAGCAUCACAAUCAACGCCAAGCGAUAGAUCCGCGUAUUUAAAAGAGCAGGCACAGAGAAAAAUGAGAGAGCGUCUUGCAAAUCUCGGUCUGGGAAAGAAAAACGUGGCUGUACAGCCAGAUAGAUCAGGAAAAGACGAGGAUGUCAACAGACUCCCUGAUCGAUUGGAUGCCCUCGAAUCGAAGCCUAGUAGUACCAGCAGGGAGUCAAAUGCGCCCGCAGUAAUUUCUUCCAACCCGGUACCUGCGGCUUCUUCGUAUCCUACAGAAGGUUUCCAAAGCGAGGUCGUGCAGAAUGGUGGUGGCACCCACCUAGCGGCUCACGAGUCUGCCAAUCCCGGUCAAAAUCUUGAUGCUGUUAAGGAAGGUGGGCAUUCGUCCGAACAAAGAGAUAAAGACCCGAGCGUAAACGUUGCUCCAGCUCCUAAGAUAGCAGCUACACCUCAACCUACGACUAAUAGUGUGAAACACAAUCCAUUUGGCGUUCCUCGUGCAGGUUCCGUUGCGUCGACGCCAACGGGUGGAAGAAAUCCGUUCUUUAAAUCAUCACAAUCGAGCUCAUCUUCAUUUGAUGCUAAGGCUGCUGAAGCUCAACGGAGAAUCCAACGGGGACUAGACGAUGACGACGACGAUUGGUCUGAUGACGACAAAAAGGUGGAGGAGACCACUGCUCGAGGAACUCCAGCUUCCGUGGCAUCAGAAGCGGCUCCAGUUGCGCCAGCUACGGCUCCAGUUGCACCAACCCCCGAAGCACCAGCUCCAGUGGCUCCAGCGCCAGUGGCUCCAGCUCCAGUGGCUCCAGCGCCAGUGGCUCCAGCUCCAGUGGCUCCAGCUCCAGUGGCUCCAGCUCCAGUGGCUCCAGCUCCAGUUGCAGCUACCCCAAAUGGUCCUGCUCCACCAAACGGUGCACCAGUGCCAAUUGCUCCUCCAUUACCGCAAAUUGGAACUAACCCCGGAAACCCAGUGCAGGAUGCUGCUGUUGUACCAGCCAAUUUAGCGGUCAAGACGGAAGAUGAUCAAGGUGACCGUUCCGACGACGAUCUUUCGAUUCCUGAAUCUGUUGAUUCGUUCACCGAGGCCCAACCUCCACAAGGAGGAAGUGUUCCUUCCUUCGGUAUUCCUCCCCCACCUCCACUUCCCUGA